AUGGAGUUCUCCAAUAGUUCCCAAGGUAACCCCUUCAUCCACCAUGACUACUCUGGCGACAUGACAAAGGACAAUGAGACCAACUCAAGCGGCACGGAACCCAACUCCAUGGCUUGCUUUCAGCUGCAGAUCCCGCAGGAACUGUUCUUGUCACUAGGCCUCAUCAGCCUGUUGGAGAACAUUCUGGUGGUGUUGGCCAUCAUCAAGAACCGCAACCUGCACUCCCCCAUGUAUUACUUCAUCUGCUGCCUGGCCGUGUCCGACAUGCUGGUGAGCGUCAGCAAUGUGGUGGAGACCAUCGUCAUGCUUCUGCACGACCACGGCCUGAUGGACAGUUACCCGGGUAUUCUGCGUCACCUGGACAACAUCAUCGACGUGAUGAUCUGCAGCUCGGUGGUGUCCUCGCUCUCCUUCCUGAGCACCAUCGCGGCGGACCGCUAUAUCACCAUCUUCUACGCGCUGCGUUACCACAGCAUCAUGACCACGCAGCGGGCCGUGACCAUCAUCGCCGCCGUGUGGCUGGCCAGCAUCACCUCCAGCAUCUUCUUCAUCGUCUACCACACAGACAACGCCGUCAUCGUGUGCCUGGUGACCUUCUUCUGCUCCAGCCUGGUCUUCAACGCCGUGCUCUACAUGCACAUGUUCCUUCUGGCGCGCAUGCACUCGCGGAGCAUCCCUGCCAACUUUGAUAAGAAGCGGCGGCCUUCCACCAGCAUGAAGGGAGCCAUCACGCUCACCAUCCUGCUGGGCGUCUUCAUCGUAUGCUGGGGACCUUUCUUCCUGCACCUCAUCCUCAUCCUCACCUGCCCCACCAGCCCCUUCUGCAACUGCUUCUUCCAGAACUUCAACCUCUUUCUCAUCCUUAUCAUCUGUAACUCCCUUAUAGACCCGCUCAUCUAUGCCUACAGGAGCCAGGAGCUGCGCAAAACACUCAAAGAGCUUCUCUUGUGCUCCUGGUUCUUCGGCUCCGACUGACUUUACUUCAUGACUUUAACUUGUUUGAAACGUUUCGCAUUUUUUGCUCGUUCAAAGUUG